AUGGGGUGUGUGGGUUCUAAGCAGCUUCCAGAGGCCCAACAUAUCAGCUUCUACAUCGACAAACAAAUCUACAAGGAUAAAGUCGCGCUCCGGAACGAAAUCAAAAUGCUUCUACUGGGCGCAGGCGAAUCAGGCAAAUCGACCAUCGUCAAGCAAAUGAAGCUCAUCCAUCAAGGCACAUACACGGGCGCCGAAAGGGAAUCAUACAAGGGGCUGAUUUUCUCCAACAUAAUCCACGCCAUCCAGACCCUCCUCACCGCCAUGAAAGCCCUCCAGAUUGACCUCGACGACCCGGCGCUCGAAGCAUCCGCUACCCUUGUCGAGGCGCUGCCCUCGUUCAUGCUCCUGCGCCCGCUUGGCCCUCCAGAAGUCGCUGCGAUCCAGCAGCUGUGGGCCGACGCGGGCGUCCAGCGGGUUUUCGCGCGCGGCCGGGAGUUCCAGGUGAGCGACUCGACGGCCUACUAUCUGGACGGGCUCGGACGGAUCGGCGGGCCAGCCUAUCUGCCAGACGACCAGGACAUCCUGCGCGCUCGCGCCCGCACCCAGGGCAUCGCCGAAUCGUCCUUCCAGGUCGGCCAACUCAACUACCGCCUCCUCGAUGUCGGCGGCCAAAGGAACGAACGCAAGAAGUGGAUCCACUGCUUCGAACACGUCACUGUUAUCGUCUUCUUGGCUGCCCUUAGCGAAUACGACCAGGCCCUUCGAGAGGAUACCUCCGUCAACAGAAUGGUCGAAGCUCUCAACCUCUUCGACUCCAUCUGUAACUCACGUUGGUUCACGAAAACAGCGAUGAUCCUGUUCCUGAACAAGACCGACCUGUUCAGACAGAAACUGCACCUCUCCCCCAUCCACCUCUUCUUCCCCGACUUUGCGCCCCCUCCUCUUCUCCAUACCAAGGAGCAGGACGACAAUGCGAUCUGGAAAAGCGGCGCCGAGUUCUUCUCGAACAAGUUUCGAGCCCUCAACCAAACCCCCUCCAAGCAGAUAUAUGUGCAUUUGACAUGCGCAACCGACACCUCCCAGAUCCGCCUCGUUCUGGCUCACGUCAACGAUAUUAUCAUCCAACUCAACUUGAGCGAAUACGGGCUCAUGUGA